AUGGCCGAGAUUUUGUUCACAGGUGGUGUGAUAAAACAGGAGAUAUACGAAGAUGAAGAUCAAGGCCUUAAAAAUGAUGGGUUUACUCACAAUGCUGAAGUUCUACAAGCUGAACUUACAGAAAUUACCUUUGAUGAUCAUGAUGUAGGAACAGGAAGAGAUCCAUAUGGAGAUCUCUUUUUAAUGGAUCCUAAUGAUCUGUUGGGUGUACGAGAGGAGGUUGUUGGAAAUGAAUCGUCAAAUAGCCCCGAGAUGGUUCCAGUGCCUGAGCCUGGUCUAGGCGAGUGCUUGGAUCUACCUUCUAGAAAAGGCCUCCCCAGAAGAAAGCGUUCUAAACCAAAGCAUUUUCGUUAUUCAUCUCGUUCCAAUGAGGAAAUAGAAAUUUCUGAAUUUGAAGAAGAUAUUAGCCCUUCCUACGCGCACGCAAAUCUGCCAACACAGGCACCUCUAAAUCGCGCAAAUAGAGUAGAUUUAGAUGCGUCUUCUAAAUAUAUCAUAGGAAAUAAGCCCGAUGUAGAAUAUUUUAUACCAACACAAAGUUACCGAUGCGACGAUUACCCACAGACAUUUUCUACGGAUGAGCUCAAGCAAAGGCUGCCAGGUCGGAUCCUAUCUUUUACUCCUGCCUCUUCCAAUUAUGGAUCCAGGUUACUUCAGGGUAUGUGUAUCUUUUUAACGUUUGUUGAUAACAUUUCAAUACUUCAUAUAUGGUCAUGUGCGCACUUUUAUGAUACUAAACAAUCUAUUAAACCUAUUGUUUUGCUUCUGCGGAAAUUGGCUGAAUAUAUUUAG